AUGACUUCCCGUGGGCACACCUUAUCACGUGCUCUGAGCAUGCGACCUCUAGUGGAAAAGACGGAGGCAGACACAUCAGUAGUGGAGGUGGUGGCUGGGUACAAUGCUUCCCUCCCCUGCACCAUCCACUCUCCUCCCCACGACUCACCUGUCCUCACCCUCUGGUACAUCGGUGCUGAUGAAGCCCCAGUGUACAGCUACGACCAGCGACUGGGAGUGAGUGGCGAGUCAUGGGCGGAUCCCCAGGUGUUCCAGGGGCGUGUGCACUACCUGGCACACCUCAACCCGCCGGCGAUGCUCAUCAUGCGUACCUCGGUGGAAGACGCCCACGUGUAUCGCUGCCGAGUCGACUUCCAUAACUCUAAUUCCCGGGUGGCUUGGGUCAGACUCAAAGUCAUUGGUGAGUCAUAGACGAGUCAACAAAAUAACAACACACAGACACUAUACUUGGUCACUGGUUUAUAAGUCGCAGGUAUUAUCAUCAAACUGUGUCGGAUGCCCUGGACAACUCGACUAGAAUCCCCAACCAUUCAGGAAAUAUUUUUUUUUUGGGGGGGGGGGGACUUUAAAUCCUUAAAUCCAUCUACAGGAAGUGUUUUGUAGUGUUUUGGUCUCACUUUAGGUAUGUGAUGAGAGAGAAUAGUGAGGUAUUGAAGGUUAGGUUAGGUUGGAGUGUUUUGGGGUGAAAGUAAUGUUAGAGUGGAUGAAGGUGGAGGGGGAGAGGUGAGUGGGCGGGGCGAGGUAACGUAUGCAAGCGAGACUCCCUUCUGCAGGUGAUCAAUACUGUGC